AUGACACAUCAAUGUCAAGGUUGCAUACAACGCCACCACCCCCAACAGUCCCUGCAGCCAAACCCCCACAUAGCAUCUCGACUUGAGACACCAACAACACAAUCCGUCGCGCAUCCUCCCACUGAGGCAGAAGAGUUCUGGGGUCCGUUUCCUGUCCUUCUGGUUGGCGGACAAAUUAUAGUGCUUACAGCACCUGGGCUCUCGAACCAACCACAACAUCCGGGGAAUCAUGUGUCCGUCGAAAUAACAUGUGCCACGGCGCAAAUAGUUCUGUUCUUCGUUACAGAAACUCCUCCAGUCAGAAUACCAUUUUCCGCCCUGCAGCCUUACCACGACCCUCGCACGCUGGCCACAUGCAGGCCAGGUGACAGAGUUGCAGCUCGCUCAAUUGCCGGGUUACCAGGGCUGCAAUGCAAAGUAUUUACCCCAGAUCUAGCGUUGAAAUUCCAACGCUAUCGUUGUAGUCCAGUCGUACGGGUGAAGCAGCAGCGGUACCAGGCUACCGAGGACGAGGCCAAUCUCCACGACACUAAACUCACGCCGUCUCGAUGUUCUUGCUCCGUCGCGAUUUUACUAUCCCUGAGGCGGAAUCACUUCUUCUCGUCUUGUGUAUGGCGGACCGUCACCGAGGAGCUAAGGAUCUCCGUUUACCCGGACGGUGAUAUUGAUGACAAUUUGGGGCGUCAUGGCGGGGUGUGCGGUAUUCACUUCCGGAGACCAGUUUAA